AACAAAUUUGCCUCCAGUGUUCUUCAUUAACAUUGCACUGUUCACAAAAGACAAUCCUCCCUACACAAGUCAAUAAGCAAAACCUGCUUUAUUCCAAAAAUGAAAAGUAGCCCGAAGACAUAAAGUCUGGAAACAUUUCUUGGCAACAUUUUAACAAUAUAGAGUAUACUGCUAAAUGUCAUGCCCUAGCCUUAAGGAAUGUAUUUCUUUUUAACGAAGAUGUAAGACAUCUCCCAUUUGCUUCCAGGAUAGUCUGCUUGCCUUCCCUUCAGUGUUUGCUGUAUCCAUGGCAACAGAGCUCCAUUUCCCCUCCACUGCCUGUGGCAUUAUGGGGUCAGGUGAAUACACCUACAAGCUAUCUGUUUGACUAGUUAACCUUGCUCUAACAGGGCUUCAGAUUUCCCCAGUUCGGUGUGUUUGACAGCAACGGAAGUAUGAACCAAAAAGUCGCGGCGCAGGAUAAAUGGGCCCAAACUGGAUGGAAGAUAGAACGGAAGUAUGCCAACAAAGUGCUGUUGGGCAACUGGGCUGAAGACAGACUCCAGUUCACUCGGGAGCCAAAGAUAGCCAACAGCACCAGUCGCGUAGACUACCAGCCCCACUGGGACUUCCAGCCAGACAUCUCUGAGAGAAGAUCUGCCUUGCUGAGAGCUGAGGAGCUUCCUUCCAGGAUGCUGUUUUUCCACUCUGACCCUCCAUCCUCACAUUAUUUGGUCACGGAAUAUGAAGAAAACUAUGGGCAUAAUAAGCAUACCAAUGCUUUACCCACCCUGCAACCCUGGCAUCCAGACAACUUGACGUGGCAGCCUGAGAAGUCGGACCGGCCCAUUUCUGCCCUUCCAACCAACUCUGGCCCACUGCAGUCCACAAAUCACCGUUUCGAAAAGCAGCAACCACACCUCCAAUUCCUGACUGUAUACAGGUCAGCAUACCAGAGGCACCCACUUAGUACCCUCAGCCAAAGCCGGUUUGCCAGAGCUUCACACAGCCUCUCCAGCCACCUCCAUGCAGCCAAUCACAACAACAAGGACCUGGAUCUGAGACAGCGCUCACUCCUACAAGUCCCAGAUCAUUGUUUCAGCCUAUUUCCGCCAUUACAACAGGCUUAG